AUGGAAACACAACCGGAAAAGGAAUCUGCUGCUGCAAUCCCGAUUCCACAACCUGCUGUUUUGCCUGUCACACAACCAAAAGCAGUUCUGGAUGUGGGAUUUGCGAAGCCACCUGAAGUAAAUGUAGCACUCGACCCGAACAAUACUGCAAAUGACGAUGGAAAUGACAAACUGGGUCCUCUAAAGGAAAUAUCCGACCGUGGAAGACAUUUCUCGAAAAUUCGAUCAGAUUCCAUAAUACCAACUGAAGGACACGAGGGCAUCCUAAUUGCCCCAAACCUUUACAAAGGACAAGCAGUUGCUGUCUACACGAGUGGUGGUGAUGCUUCUGGUAUGAAUAGUGCAGUGCGAUCAGUUGUUCGAAUGGGCCUGUAUCUCGGUUGCCGAGUAUAUUUUAUUUAUGAAGGUUACCAGGGUAUGGUGGAUGGUGGUGAAUAUAUCAAGGAAGCUGAAUGGGAUUCCGUAUCAGACAUCAUCCAAAGAGGCGGUACUAUAAUUGGUUCGGCUCGUUGCAAAGAUUUUCGCGAACGCUCAGGUCGGCUUCGUGCUGCCGAAAAUCUUAUCAAAAAGCAAAUUACUAAUUUAGUGUGCAUUGGAGGUGAUGGUUCGCUGACAGGUGCAAAUUUAUUCCGACAAGAAUGGCCAAGUUUGAUUCAGGAAUUGUUAGUAUCUGGAACAAUUAGUCAGCAAGAAAUCGAAUCCUGCAAAAAUAUUCAGAUCGUGGGUCUUGUGGGUUCCAUUGAUAAUGAUUUCUGUGGCACUGAUAUGACGAUCGGUACCGAUACUGCGCUUCAACGAAUCAUUGAUGCUGUCGACUCUGUAGUGUCAACUGCGCACAGCCACCAACGUACUUUCGUCAUUGAGGUGAUGGGCCGACACUGCGGUUAUCUGGCACUUGUAGCUGCCUUAGCAUCUGAAGCGGAUUUCUGCUUUAUUCCUGAAUGGCCGGUACCAGUGGAUUGGCCAACAGUGUUGUGUCAUAAGCUGCAAGUAAUGCGACAAGAAGGAUCACGGUUGAAUAUUAUCAUAGUUGCCGAAGGAGCAUUGGAUCGAGAAGGCAAGGCGAUUACAGCCAAUCAGGUGCGAGAUGUAGUAAAAGAAAAGCUGCAUUACGAUACACGUGUAACUGUACUGGGUCAUGUGCAACGUGGUGGAAGUCCAUCUGCUUUCGAUCGACUUCUUGGAUGUCGGAUGGGUGCUGAAGCUGUGCUUGCACUGAUGGAAAUGACCCCGGAAUCGGAACCAUGUGUUGUGUCUAUUGAUGGUAACGCUAUCGUCCGAGUACCGCUCAUGCAAUGUGUUCAUCGUACCCAGGCCGUUCAAAAAGCCAUGGAAACACAUGAUUGGGACACAGCCGUGAAACUCCGAGGGCGAAGCUUCCAGAGAAAUCUGGAAACAUAUCGUCUUUUAACAAAAUUAGAACCCAAAAGCGAUGUGCCAUCGAAUGAGCCAUCAUACAACAUCGCUGUCAUAAAUGUUGGAGCACCUGCUGGAGGAAUGAAUGCAGUAGUGCGUUCAUUCGUUCGCAUGGGGAUUUAUCGUCGCUGCAAAGUGUAUGGUGUUAAAAAUUCAUUUGAAGGACUAGCAAAUGGAGAUCUAAAAGAAAUGUCAUGGAAAGAUGUGAACGGUUGGGUUAUGUAUGGUGGGUCAUUCCUGGGCACCCAAAAACAAUUACCGGAAAAGAAUAUGAACAAGGUUGCUGCAACAUUGGGAAAAUUCAAAAUUCAUGGAUUACUGAUUGUCGGAGGUUUUGAGGCCUAUCAUUCCUGCUUGAUGCUGUCACAUGCUCGUAGCCAAUACCCAUCACUUCGUAUCCCACUUUGCGUAAUACCUUGCACUAUCAGUAAUAACGUACCCGGCACUUCAAUUUCUUUGGGUUCCGAUACAGCAAUCAACGAAAUCUGUGCAGUGAUUGAUAAAAUUAAACAAUCUGCAACGGGUACUAAAAAACGCGUAUUUAUUGUGGAAACAAUGGGCGGGUAUUGUGGAUAUCUGGCGACUCUUUCGGCUCUCGCAUCAGGAGCUGAUAAUGCUUAUAUAUUUGAAGACAAGUUUAAUGUCAGUGAUAUCAUUGAGGAUGUUAAGGUCAUUGCUCGGAAAAUGCGUACUGGUGUACAACGGUAUCUGAUUGUUCGUUGUGAACUGGCUAACAAAAAUUAUACUACACAAUUUGUUAAUCAACUUUUUUCGGAAGAGGGCAGAGGACAAUUCUCAACAAGGAUCAACGUUCUAGGACAUGCACAACAGGGUGGUAAUCCGGCACCAUUUGAUCGUAAUAUGGGUACAAAACUUGCUGCGAAUGCUCUUGAACAUAUUUUAGCUCAAGCAAAGAAGUAUGUUGAUCCAGCAACCGAAAUGAACAGUGCGAUCGAUGCGGAUAGCGCUACGCUUCUUGGUCUAAAGGAUCGGAGAGUGGUAUUUACACCGGUUGAGGAAUUAGCCAAACAGACCGAUUUCGAACAUCGUUUACCGAAAGAGCAAUGGUGGAUGAGAUUACGGCCGCUGUUGAGAAUAUUAGCUAAGCACGAUUCCACUUACGAAGCAGAAGCGUUCACUAUAACAGAUGUUGGGGUGGAAUGA